UUUUUUGUCCACACGUUUUUUUUUCUUUUGUUUUUUGUUUUGUUUUUUUUUUUUGUCAAUGAAAAAAAAGACUGCCGUCCGUGUGCUGCCACAUAUUGCAUUUUUUGUUCACUUUUUUUUUGUUGGUCCCAAUUAAACAAAAAACAAUUUUUCCCUCUCAAAAAAAAAAAAAAUUAACAAUAAAUUAUUGAAGAAAUAAAGAAAAAAAAAUGAGAUGACAUGGACCAAAGUUUUAUUACAACCAAAACAGACCAACAAGAUUGUUGCCUGUCAAUGAAUGUCCGUUUUGUUCAACAAGUUAAAAUUCGUAUUGGAGAAGCAAAAAAUCUUCAACCAAAAAAUGGCACCAACAGUCUUAAAGAUUGUUAUUGUGUCAUCAGUUUGGAUCGUGAGGAAAUAUUUCGUACACAUAAUUCUAUCGAUAAAACAUUAGAUCCAUUUUUCGGUGAAGAAUUUCAUUUCGACAUACCACGAAUGUUUCGUUAUCUAUCCAUUUAUGUUUAUGAACGUGAAAGAUCCGUACAAAAUUGUCGUAAUCGUGCCAUUGGUAAAGUUACUAUCCGACGUGAUCAUUUGAAAAAUUUUGAUUCCGAAGAAUCAUGGUUCCCAUUAGUACCUGUUAAUCAUCCACCCGAAGCACAAGGUGUUAUUCAUCUACAAAUUGAACCACAUUAUAUAAUGAAUAUUAAUUCAUUACGAAUAAUAAUAACCGUAUUUGAAUGUCAAGAUAUUACCGAUGAUUAUUGUGAUUCAUAUUGUUUAUUAAAUCUACGUAUAUUUGACGAAACAUUUGUAAAAAAAUCAAAAAUCAAACGAAAAACCACAAAUCCUCAAUAUAAUGAACCGUUUUCAUUUGAAAUCCCAUUGGAUAAAUAUUCAAAUAUCACUUCAAAUAGUCAACUUUUACUGGACGAUUUGCUCAACAAGUCACAUUUAAGGAUUUCUGUACAUGAACAAUGUUCAAAAACGAACAAUAAUUAUCUUGGUGGCAUUAGAAUUCCUUUGAAUCGACUACAAAUCAAUAGUACGCACAAUGCAUGGUAUUAUCUUCAGCCACAAUUAUCAUCAACAUCAUUGUCAUCAUCAUCAUCUGUAUCAUCAUCAACGAAUAAUAAUAAUAAUCGUCAUCAAAAUUGUGAUUUCAAUCUUGGAUCAUUACGUUUAAGGAUAAAUUAUAUAUCUGACUAUGUUUUUCCUAGUCCAUUUUAUGAUUCGUUACGUAAUUUGUUAUUAUCAUCAACGGAAACAAAGCCAAUUACAUCCAGUGUUGCCUAUUUGUUGGGUGAAUUUGUACUGAACAAAGCCGAUGCAGCUCAACCAUUGGUGAAAAUAUUUUUACAUUAUAAAAAAAUCGUCACAUUAAUCAAAUAUUUGGCCGAAGAUGAAAUCUCUAAAGUUAGCGAUGUCAAUACAAUUUUUCGUGGAAAUAGUCUCGUAUCGAAAUGUAUUGAUGAACUAAUGAAAUUGGUUGGCAUACGAUAUCUACAUGAAACAUUACGCGAUUGUGUUGACAUUGUUAUACAGGAGAAUAAAAUCUGUGAAAUUGAUCCGACAAAAAUUCGUGAUAAUGAAUUUUUAAUGAUAAAUAUGCAACAUUUAAAAAAUUAUACUGACCUAUUUUUCAAUGCAAUCAUUGAAUCAAUGACCAGAUGUCCACAAGUUAUGUGCGAUAUAUUCGCUGUGCUCAAAGAAUUGGCAAUCAAAUUUUUUCCAGAUAAUAAAGAUGUCUGUUAUUAUGUGAUAUCGGGUUUUGUAUUUUUACGUUUUUUUGCACCAUCAAUACUUAAUCCACGAUUAUUUGAAUUGACUGAUAAAAAGAUUAAUUUACAAGUAAACAGAACGUUUACUUUGAUAUCGAAAACCAUUCAAAGUAUUGGAAAUUUGGUUGUAUCGAAAAAGAAUACACCAUUGAUAAAGGAAAAUUAUAUGAUGUCGUUCUAUAAGGAAUUUAUAACCGAUAUUCAUGUUUCCAAAACUAAAGAGUUUCUAGAAUUAAUAUCAUCAUCAUGUCGUUUAUCCACCAAAGAUUUUCAUGAACCAGUGAUUCUAAAGGAAAGUAUUAUGUUCAAAAAAUCCAACAAUGGUUAUAAACGUAUCGGAUUCGGUACAAGUUAUAAGAAACGUUAUUUCUGUAUAACCACACAACAUUUUUUCUAUGCAAAAGCAAAAAAUAAAUCACCAUUAUUUAAAUUUCCAAUCAGUGAAAUAACUGUGAAAAAAUUGGCCGAUAAUUAUCCAAUGAAAAAUAUGUUUCAAGUGAUCCAUAAUAAAUGUACAUUAAACAUACAGGCCAGUAAUUGUGUACAGGAACGUGAAUGGCUUGAUACAUUGAAUCGAUUAAUACAAUUGAAUCAAUCAUCAUUAAAUUUGAAUAAAAUUCAAUCAUUUAAUAAUAUGGACACAACCACUACCAAUACCACGGCGACAGCAACCGCCACCAAUAAUAAUAAUAAUAAUAAUAAUUCAGCUACAACAGCAAUCAACAACAAUUUAACUAAACAAAAUCAUACAUCAUCAUAUUCACAACAGCAAACAUUAUCAUUUGAUCUUAGUAUACGAUUAGAUCCUGAUCGUGAAUUAGCAAGAAUAUAUUCAUUAUUCAUAUCAAAUAUAGAAUCGAUUCGAACGAUUCUUGGUGUAUCAAUGAUGACCAUUAAUGAUCCAUGUAAUCAUCAUGAUCACCAUAAUGAUGACAACGAUGACGAUGGUGAUGAUGAUGAUGAUAAUCAUAACCACAAUCAUCAUCAUCGUAAUUGUCAUUCAAAUAUUGUCAAAUUUUGGAAAGGAAAUUGUCACAAUUAUCCACCAUCACAAUUCAUUAUUGAAGAUCGAACAUCAUUGAUGGCCACAUUGAAUAUAUUACAAGAAUGUAUUGGUAAUAUUGAACAGAUGCAUAAACAAUAUUUAACAAGCAUAAUGGGUUCAGAGAUUGCACCAAUUGAAAAUGUUGGAUAAAAUUUUAUCGAAAGGAAAAAUUAUUAUUUAUUCAUAUAUCGACGAUUCGAAAUUUUUUUUUUUUUUUUUUUUUGAAUGCUGUGCUUUAUCGUUUGCUCACAUAAACAACACACAGGAAAAAAAAUCUGUUAACUGAUCUCUCUAUAUAUAUAUUGAGCUUGAUAUGAUCUCUUGUUUAUAAAACAACAACAACAACAACAACAACAGCGAAAAAAAAAGAAAUGAUUCAUCACGUGGAUUGUAAAUAUUUU